AUGCAUAUGGCUCAACAAAACGCUGCUCAAAACGGUACAACCACCAAUUCUUCCCAACAGCAGCCUCAACAACAAGUGCUAGGAAUUCCACCCUAUCCUGUAUUUUUUGCUCCAAUUCCUGCCUCGCAAAUCGGUCAACAACCAUUUGUUUACAAUCCCUCUUCACUUCCAACAAGUCAACCCACACCUACUUCACCCAUGCAAACAGAUUCUGCCCCUUCUCCUUCCACAGCAUUUCCAAUAUUUGUUGAUCCCUAUCAUUUAUAUGGCUCAUCUUUUGUUCCAAAACCAAUUACCAUGUUAGAAAAUACUGAUGACGGCUUUACUGACUUGGUUCCAAACUCUUCACAACCAUCUCUUUCUAGUGUUGACUCUAAAACUAAAUUGGAAGACUUGGAUGUAAAUAAUAAUGGCAUCGUUGAAGAGGUUGCAGGAAUUUUACCACAAUCGAACGAUCCAACUAGCAAACACUUGACUACUAAUGAUAUUCAUGCAGCAACUACUGACAACUUGGAAAUAUUUGAUGAUAUUGAUUACUUUGACAAUGAUGUGGACCGAAACAAUAACAACAAUUCUGAUUUUUCUCUUUUCACAUGGCAGGAUAGUCCCUUACUCGAUAAGAAGAAACCAACAACAACUAGGCCUGUGAGUAAUAGAGCAUCUAAUGAUGAUGAGAUUAUUGAUUUAAUUACCUCAGAAGCAUCUUUGCUUACUGAAAGAGCAAAAGAGCAACAGAUUUCAAAUCGUCAAAAUGGCAAUGUUGUUGCUAAUAGCAACACGAAUAACACUGGUUCAUCCUCGACAUCUAGCAGCACACAAGACCACCAAUCAUUAUCCUUAACAACACCAGAGGAGAUUAAUUAUGUGAUCAGUCAAGCCCCAGAAAAUUCAUUGAUGAAACAAAAAUUAGGAGAUAUCCUUAAACAGAUUUGGCAAACACAAGAAAAUCAAAGCAAGGAGAUUAAUGAGCUGAAGCAGCUCGUCAGCGAAUUGAAGAGAAUGAUUAUUUCAUAA